AUGGCAAUGGACCACAGUCCAGACCCAUCCAUGGAUUUUCCUCAAGAUUUCAGAUGUCCCAUUUCCAUGGAGCUCAUGAAGGACCCUGUCACAAUCUCAACGGGGGUCUCGUAUGAACGAAAGCCUAUCGAAAAAUGGUUCUUCACCUACAAGAAAAAGACAUGCCCGGCCACAAUGCAAAACAUCGAAAAUUUCGAUAUCACCCCAAAUCAUACCCUCAAGAGGCUCAUUCAUGCAUGGCAGAAUGGCCGGUCUCAGUCGUGUUCAUCGCGGCCACCACCACGACCAUCAAUCAAGCAUGACGAGGUGGUGGCGCUGCUUAACAACGUCGAGUCCACACCAUUCAAGGUCAGUUCUUUGAAAAAACUUCGAUCCAUUAUUGAAACUAGUGAUGACAUAAAGGUUGUUUUUAAGAGAUCUGGAGGUGUUGAAGUGCUUGUUGGGAUAAUUGUCCAAAUUUUGAUUGAAAGCUCAGAUUUUGCUGCUUUUAGAGCUUGUGAGGAGGCCCUUGGUGUUUUGCACUUGAUACCCAUAUCUAUAGGGGAUGAAACUAUGCAAUUGCUAUCAAAGCAGGAAUGCACUAAAUCCAUGGCCAUCAUGCUUCAAAGAGGAAGUGUCGAGGCCCGAUUUUACGCCAUUUCCAUAUUCCAAAAGAUGGGUAAAGCUGAUUAUGAUUGGAACUUUGUCAUAAGGGACCAAGGUAUUGAUUUCUUCAAGUCAUUGUUCGAGCUUGUCUCAGACGAAAUAUGUACUAAGGCGAGUUCAUAUGCCCUAAAAGUUUUAAUAGAAAUAUUGAGUGCAUCGAAGAAAAAUCGAUUGAAGGCCAUUGAAGCCGGGGCAGUUUGUACCCUAAUUGAGCUUCUCCCGGACUCAAACCGAUCAAAAUGCGAGAAAAUAUUGUAUUUGAUUAAGUUAUUUUGUGAAUGUGCCGAUGGAAGAUCGGCCUUUAUAGAGCAUAGGUUAGGUAUUGCUGCAAUUUCGAAUAAAUUGUUACAUGUAUCUGACGCUGCAACGAAAAUUGUGGUGAAAACCCUAUGGUUGAUUUGCAGCUUUCACCCCACAGAAAGGGUUUUGGAGGAGAUGCUGAUUUUUGGAUCAGUGAAGAAGCUUGUGGCCUUGUUGCAUGUCGAUGGUCGGUCAUCGAUAAAGGAUAGGGUUGUGAAGAUCUUCAAGUUGCAUGGACAUUCAUGGAGGAGAUCUCAACCAAUUGGAAAUCUUGGCCCCUUCAAAGGUUACAGGUCAAGAGAAUUUGACCAGAGAACAGCCUAG